AUGGCCUCAGGCCAAACCACACUCGAUCAGCCGCCUGGUCCAAACACAUGGCCACCAACAUCAACGUUAGCAUCUACACUCAACCUUGCACCCAGUAUCACACCCAAUAUCAUCAACCCAGAUGCGCCAGAUGCGCAAAGAGUUUGCCCUGGAUACAAAGCCGCUAACAUCGUUACUUCCGACAACACCAUCACUGCAGACCUGUCUCUCGCCGGUCCUGCAUGCGAUGCGUACGGAAACGAGAUUUCAGACCUUGUCCUUGAAGUGCAGUACCAGAAUGCUGCUCAGCUCAACGUCAAGAUCUACCCCAAAUAUGUUACCCCAUCGAAUAGAUCCUUGUACAUCUUGGAUGAGUCUCUCAGUCCUAGUGGCAGUGUCUCUGAUGGGUUUACUGCUAGCAAUAGUGAUUUGAGGUUCGAGUGGACUAAUGAUCCUACCUUCCAAUUUCGGGUCAAGCGUGCAAAGACUGGUGAGGCGCUUUUCGACACCUACAGCCACAAGAUCGUGUUCGAAGACCAAUUCCUCGAGCUAGUCACAAACAUGGUGCCAGAGUACAAUGUCUAUGGACUGCCGGAGGCGAUACGUGGAAGCUUUCGAUUACCAAACCAGUACACGAAAACCUUCUGGAAUCAAUACAAUGAGAUGAACGAUCAACCAAUCGAUGCGAAUAUGCACAGCACACACCCAGUCUACUUCGAGACCCGUUACAAUAAUGAGUCUUCCAAGUCUCACGUGGUAUACGGUCGCAACCUCCACGGUCAAGAAUGGCUUCUACGCCCGGAUCGUAUCAUCUACCGGACAAUCGGUGGCAGCUUCGACUUCUACUUCUUCAGUGGUCCUUCGCCAACGGAGGCUCUGGCGCAGCAGCAGCUUGGUGUAAUUGGCACACCUGUCAUGCAGCCUUACUGGGCGCUUGGUUUCCAUCAAGUUCGUUGGGGCUACCAGAACUGGACUGUUCUACAAGAGAUUAUCGAUGGAUAUGUGGCUGCGAAUAUUCAACUCGAAGCUAUCUGGAACGACUUGGAUUAUCUGUUUGAGUAUGGCAUCUUCACUCACGACAACAAUACCUAUCCCAUCGAUGAAGGCACGGAGUUCCUCGCCAAGUUGCAUGCAAACGGUCAGUACUGGAUGCCUAUUCUGGAUUCUAACGUGCAUGUGCCGGGACCAUGCAACGGUACUGACGCAUAUCCUACCUACAAUCGCAGAAAAGCACUUGAUCUCUAUAUCAAGCAUGGAGAAGGGCACACAGAUGACUACAUCGGCAUCCAGUGGCCAGGCUUCAGCGUGUGGCCCGACUUUUUGCAUAACGCGACUCAAAACUUUUGGACGAAUGAGAUGCAGUUGUAUCAUGAUCAGCUUCCAUUUGAUGGUUGGUGGCUCGACAUCUCUGACUUGUCAUCGUGGUGCACUGGCUCGUGUAGGACAGGGAGACUUGCGGACAAUCCAAUCCACGUGCCUUUCAAGCUGCCUGGAGAGCCUGGUCAGAUCAACUACGACUAUCCUGAAGCUUUUGACCAAACAAACGCGACCGAAGCAGCGUCUGCGAGCGCAGCAAGCGCGUCGCAAGCAUCAGCUUACCCCACGCCAACCACAACUGUCGGCACGGCCACUGUGGGAUUUACUUCAGCGAUUCCCGGCGUCCGGAACAUAACAUUCCCGCCCUAUGCUUUGAACCUGACUCUCGAAGGGCACACACUCCUGUGUCAAGCGGUUGCUCCCUACGCCACGCACAAUGAUGGAUACAACACGACCGAGUACGAGUUGCAUAACACUUACGGCUAUGUCUCCGGCAAAGCAACCUAUAACGCGCUCCGAUCUGUGUUCCCAGGAAAACGUCCGUUCUGGAUCGCGAGAUCAACAUCACCCGGCUCCGGUGCUAUAACUGGCCACUGGGGCGGCGACACAAACUCGCGCUGGGGUAACAUGUACAUGACCAUUCCUCAAGCGUUGACCUUCAGCAUAGUUGGCAUUCCGUACUUUGGUGUUGAGACGUGCGGCUUCAACGGAAAUGCAGACAUGGAGCUCUGCACGCGAUGGAUGCAGCUCAGUGCUUUUUUCCCUCUAUAUCGCAACCACAACUCUCGCAACACAAUUGCGCAGGAAGCAUUCAGGUGGGCGACUACUGCAGAAGCCACUCGUCGUGUGAUGGAUGUGCGCUUCCGUCUCUUGCCCUACCAAUACACACUCUUUCAUGCUGCGCACAAGCGCGGUGAAACAGUGUUGCGCGCGUUGUCAUGGAACUUUCCUGACGACGAGUCGCUGAAAAGUGUCGAUAAUCAGUUCACGCUCGGACCUUCCAUCUUGAUCACGCCGGUACUAGCUCCUCUGCUGCGCGUCUCACAAGGAGUGUUCCCUGAUGCGCCACAUACACGGUGGUACAAUUGGUAUACGCUCAAAGAGGUGCACGCCCAGCCAGGGCAGAAUGUAACAUUAGAUGCACCGCUUGAGCACAUCCCAGUACACCGGGAAGCCGAACGGGAGCUUUACCUUGACGACGGUGUGAACCAGGAACCCACUGACAUCAAGGAGAUCAAGUUCUCGUUUUCUAACGCCACCUUCACUACUUCACUUACUGGCUCCUACCAAGACACCAAUGCGUUAGGCAAUAUUACGAUCGCUGGCUGGUUCCAAGACAACAGUCUUGCCAAAUGUAGCACUAUCAAGAUCAUGUCUGGGGGAAGAAAUGUAGACUCGGGCAACGUCAAAAUCGCAAGCGACAACGGCGCCAUGCAUGUGACGGGGCUGGAAGAUGUGGCUAAGGCGUUCCAUGCAGACCUAUCUAUCAUCUUUAUGUAG